AUGGAAUUCCUGGCACAUAGGAACCACACGGCAGUGACGGAGUUCAUUUUGCUGGGCUUAACGGACGACCCAGUCCUGUGUGUGAUCCUCUUCAUGGUCAUCCUGGGCAUCUACCUGGUGACUGUGUUUGGCAACCUCAGCACAAUCCUUCUCAUCAGGGUCUCUUCUCAGCUCCAUCACCCCAUGUACUUUUUCCUGAGCCACUUGGCUUUUGCUGACAUAGGCUAUUCAUCCUCUGUCACACCCAACAUGCUUGUGAACUUCCUGGUGGAGAGGAACACCAUCUCCUACCUGGGAUGUGCCAUCCAGCUUGGCGCAGUUGUUUUCUUUGGGUCAAGUGAGUGCUUCCUUCUGGCUUCCAUGGCCUAUGAUCGCUUUGUGGCCAUCUGCAGCCCACUGCUUUACUCAACAAGAAUGUCCACACGAGUCUGUGUCCAGUUGCUCCUAGUUGCUUACAUAGGUGGUUUCCUCAAUACUUGCUCUUUUACCAUUUGCUUCUAUUCUUUAGUCUUCUGUGGACCAAAUGGAGUGAAUCACUUUUUCUGUGACUUUGCUCCUUUAGUGAAACUCUCCUGUUCUGAUGCCAGUGUCCCUGCAGUUGUUCCCUCAUUUUCUGCUGGCUCCAUCAUCGUGGUGACAGUGAUUAUCAUAGCUGUCUCCUACAUCUACAUCCUCAUCACCAUCCUGAAGAUGCGCUCCACGGAGGGCCGCCACAAGGCCUUCUCCACCUGCACCUCCCACCUCACUGCGGUCACUCUCUUCUUUGGGACCAUCACGUUCAUUUAUGUGAUGCCCAAGUCCAGCUUCUCCACUGACCAGAACAAGGUGGUGUCCGUGUUCUACAUGGUGGUGAUCCCCAUGUUGAACCCCCUCAUCUACAGCCUGAGGAAUAAUGAGAUUAAGGGUGCUCUGAAGAGAGAGCUUGGUAGGAAAAUCCUUUCUAAGUAA